AUGUCUGGGCAGCCUCGUCCCCAGGGCUCGAGCAACAGAUCAACGCUUCGGGUAGAAUACUUUUAUGAUCACCCCGCGCUAGCAUCAAAGCACGAGUCAGCAUACACGAAUUCCAGCAAAGACAAGGCAAAGGUUUGGUGUAAACGAUGCUUUGAAAAUUUGGUCAUGGGCGAACUGGUUCUCGAUGAGCAACGCUUGCGCGCGGGAGAGGUUGCCGUGGUCCGAACGCGGAUGGAGAUUGAAACUGACGGUUUUGUGCUAGUAUGGGCACGUCCCAAGGAGACUCCAAGCUCCCAGAGAUGGCAAGCUGGCCAUAUGCCGACGAUGCGAACCCAUCUUGCUUCGUGCAGUCUGCAACCUGAUGAGGUCCGUGCGGCUGCAGCCGUCCAGCACGAUCCGUCUGCUGUCGGGACAUGGCUUACAUCAAUGUCAACCAGCAUACCAUCGACACAGUUCACUCUCAGUGCUCCGUAUCCCACAAUCUCAGUUAGCAGUCCCCAAUUCGGUUCUAAUCAGGCCCAGCAGCAAUGCCGAGGGAAGGAGGGCACUUUGGAGACGGACAGUUGGAGUGGGGUCAAUCAGCUACAUCUCGUCCCGUUCAUGGUAAACGUAAAUCGUCAGCUGCAUACUGUGAAGGUCUAUGAUACUACGUCCCGAGUUAAGAACGCCGAGAACCUUCUGGUGAUGAUCCGCGAAGUAAUCAAUAUUGUCGAGAACGAAUGGGGUAUUAUAGUUGUCGCCAUCACGUCGGACUGUGGGGGUGACUCCCGGGCAGCUCAUAAAGCAAUUGUCCAGGAAAACACGCGCCUGGUAGGGCCGGACUGUUACGCACAUCAGAUCAAUCUUAUUGUAGGAGAUUACUUCAAAGUGUCCGCAUGGUUCUUCAUAUACUCCGAGAAGGCGGAUCAACGAAUAUGGAGUAGGACUCUGGCUGUCGUCCGCGCUGUGCUGACUAGGUGGACUUCACACUUCCUGGCGUACAGGCGGCUCCUCGAGAUCAAGAAUCCACUGGAGAUUCUCGCUUCUGACCCCCGUAUCUUCGAGUCUGGUGACGCGAAGAGCCAUGCUAAGACCCGCGAAAUGCUUCCUAUCCUACGUGACAGUAUGUUUUGGCACUAUCUUGCCCGUAUCAAGUUCCAUAUCCAGCCUUUCGCAAUUGCUGCCAAUGUGACCCAAUCUGCGCACUGCCGCCUAGAUGAAGUGCUAUUAACUUUCGCUUUCCUCCUCAAGCAGUUUUUGGAGCUAGCGGAUCCGGACGAUCAGCUGAUCAAAGAGGCUGUAAUCACAAGCCUCGAGACUCGAUGGGCGAAGGCUGACCAAGACGUAUUUGUAGCAGCUGUAGUGCUGAACCCGUUCGUGAAGGCAGGUGCUUUCGCGCAGUUGCAUCUCUUCCACAAUGCCGGCCUCAUGGCUCUUCUUUCUCGACUCUGGACACGCUUUUAUGAUACCUCUCCUCCGGAGGCGUUCCAAAGUGAAGUCUUGGAAUAUUUGAGUGGAACAGGGAAGUAUGAAGACAUGGAGUCAUAUGCGGAUGCUAUUCAGGCGAAGGCAAGGCAGAACAAGACAAGCCCGGAUCCUCUGGAGGUCUGGAAGGGCGUCUCAUUUUCUGGAGCACCACCAACACCUCUGGGCACUCUGGCGAACCGCAUACUCUCCAUCUGUGCAAACUCAGCAUCGGUUGAGCGGCUUUUCAGCGCCUUCGGACUUAUCCUUACGAAACUCCGCAAUCGACUUGGUACACAAAACCUAACGAAUCUUGCGGAGCUCAAGAUGUAUAUCCAGGAUGAGCACCGUCAGAAGAACUCGAAAACGCGCUUGAAGAGACAUUUCGAGACUACAGCAGCUCGUUCGUCAGCGGCGCCUACUACAUUGGAAAACACGGGAUCUACUAUAUCUCUGAACUCUCCGGUUCCCGUUGUACCAUCUUCCUCUAUUCACCAUGCACCAAGCAGCAUCUCGGCCUCGGUCCCCCCCUCUUCCUCGGAUGUCGAACCGGUGGCAGAAUCAGAUGAGACCACCGCCUCUACUUCAAGUCACAUUCCACGAACCAGACUCCGUGCUAUUGUAGCGGAACUGCAUGAUGCGAUCGAUCGCGAUGACGACGUCAAUACUACACAGACAUUCCCUUCGCGCAUCAAGGAGAAGCUUUCGAACAUGUUUAACUUUCAGCAGAGCUAUUGGAUUGAGUCGCAUACUCGAAGUGCCAUGAGGAGCCUCGAGGAUGAGAUGGAGGUCUACGAACUGCUUGAUCUGGAUGCUGCAGGGGAAGACAACUUUGAAGAGGAUUCGGGGGAUGCUAUAUUAGGUGACUGA